UAAAAACAAAGUCAAUUUUUGAUCAAAAGGCACUUUUGAAAUUUUGCAUUGUUUUUGAUUUUUGAUUGCAUCUUCGGUGCGACAACAAACCAACGAUUUUUUGGUAAAAUUCAAAAAAAUGGCCGACGAACAACAGCGACGUCGAGAAGAAUGCGAACGAAAGGCCCGCCGUGGCGAGAUGGAUCCUCGUCUGGAAUUUACUUUCCAGCUGUUGAUGGAUGGGACCGGUUUGCCACGGCAUCAAAUUAUGGAUCAUAUUUUCGAAGGAGAUAUGCUGGAUGAAAUCAAUCAACUGUUUCUCCCCAACAUGAGAAACAAAUUGCUUUGGUUCUACCAAGAAGUUGAUGAACCGGAGCCGACCCCACCGCCUGAUGUGAAUAAACCAGGACCGUCGCGUGGCGGUGUUUCGACUGUUUCAAAAACGCCACAAGGAGUUUCGCCGACGGGACCGAAUGUUAAGCACAAAUUAUUUCUGACGGACGGUUGGACCUGUGCCUUCACGGGCGUCUGUAUCUAUAUGUUUCGCAUUAAUAAUUCUAAGCAGCUCCCUGAGGAAGGAUUCCAGAAAGAUCUAUAUUGCGGUGUUAUUGAUUCGAAAAAUGUGGGUUUAGUAACUUCAAUCGAGCGAAUCGUGGAAUAUGUCUUCAUGCAAGCUCUUGCCUUCCCUAAUUUGGAAGGAGAGGAGGAAGACGUAAACUUUGGCCUAAUUAAAGGCCAACUUUUACCUGGGCUACGAUCAUUUUGCAGCGCUCUAAGAGUAUGUGAGCAAGUUUGCAAUCACACAAAUGUAUUCGCAGACGGCACGGAGAUGUUUGAGAAAAUCGAUUCGCUUGAGGAAGUUAAGGAACUAUCCAAAAAUCAAGAAUUCUGCACGCAGUUGGAAGAGAGGGUGGCAAAUUGGAUUAAAAAGAUUAUGAAGAUCCUAAGUGAAUCGGAGCAAUUGCGAAGGGAGAAUGAUUCCAGCGGACCACAGGACGAACUGGAGUAUUGGAAGAAACGAGGAGCACAAUUUUCACAGUUGCUGGCUCAGUUGGAGAGCAAGGAAGUCCAGUUCACUCUUCGGUGCUUGUCAAUGUCCAAUUCAAGGAUUAUGAGGCAGUGGAAGGAAACAGACAAGAAAAUUACUUUUUGCUAUAAUGAAGCACGAGAUAAUAGUAAAUUUAUUCAGGCGAUGGAAAAAUGUUGCCAUUCACUUUACUUAGAUGAUCCUGUUCACAUGAAGGAGUCAAUUCUAAGCUUACUGCAAACUGUUCGUCUUAUUUACACCGUUUCCCAGUUUUACAAUACUUCAGAACGCACUUCUGCACUAAUGGUUAAGAUUACAAAUCAAAUGAUAGAAACUUGCAAAUCUUACAUCACUUGUCGCAACAAGGAGACCAUUUGGUCGCAGGAUCGUAAUUUAACCCGCACCAAACUUGCAAAUUGCAUAAAAUUAAAUCACAUCUAUCACGAAACAUACUAUACUGUCAGAGAACAACCAUUCCUACCAAACCAAACACCAUUUGGAUUUUCUGAGAAUUUCGUAUUCGGGAAGUUCGACACAUUCUGUGAACGUCUCUCAAAAAUCAUUUCAAUGUUCAACCUAAUGGACGAUUACAACCAUCUUUUCGAACGCCGUCUCGAGGGGUUGCUUCUCGGAGAAGCCCUUGAAGAAGCUAUGGCUACCUUUGAAGAGGCUAAAAAGGAGAUUCUUUCGAAGAAAUACGACUACUUAGAUCAUCGUAACGCAGAGUUUAACACAGACUACGAGAGAUUCAUGACCAAAACGGAUACAUUGAAGGAAUCGAUUGCUAAUAUGAUCGAAAGGAACUUCGAAACAGUGUGGGAAACUCCACAAUGUAUAAGAUUUUUGAUUCGAUUUGAGAAAGUUAGUGAGAAAAUUCCUCUAACAACAAUGGAUGAAAAAUACCAGAGAAUCUUGAAAUACUGCGAGAAGGAAGUGGACCGGAUUUUGAAAUUGUUUCGUAAGCAGAAAGAUGAUCCUCCAGUACCACGGAAUUUUCCACCAAUAGCUGGAAGGAUUAAGUGGUGUCGUGCCUUGGAUUGUCAUUUGGCAGAGUUAAUGACGAGUGUUACAACUCAUCCGGUUCUCCAAACUCUACCGACAACAAGAGAUCUGGAGAAUCGAUACAGUUCUGUGAAAAGGAUUUUAUCUGAAUAUGAACAUGAGAUUGUCGCUAUUUGGUUGGAUCAAGAUAUAUCCGUUGCUGACGUCUGUUUGGUUCAACCAGUUUUGGCUCUACAGAAUGAUCGACUGUUCGUUAAUUUACACCAAACAAUACCACUCCUGAUUCGCGAAGCAAAAUGUCUGGCAAAAAUGAAAAUAGAGCUUCCUAUCGUAGCAGCAACUCUGAUGUGUCGUCAGUCGUAUUUCACGACUAUACAGGAUUCAUUAAAUAGUUUAAUUAAGAUGUUCCUCAGCACAGUGAAGGCUGUUAAAUUGGAGGUCCGUCCUCUGUUCCUGCCACAACUGGUACAACUGACCACCAUGUUACGUCCCGGACUUACCACAAUAAAUUGGAUAGAUCCUAAAUGGUCGGAGUUCUAUGAGAAGUGCAAACAAGCGAUAGAGACGUUUGAUGUCCUUGUGGGUCGUGUUCAUGAUAUUUAUUCGAACCGAAUUCUCAAUGUAUUAAUGUCAAUGCAAGAUGUUAGCCUACAGAUACUACCUAUUGAUGAUGAAAUAUGGACCGUCGAAGAAUUCUUGGAGAGAAAUGAAGAAGCAUGCAGGCAAGCUGCAAUUGAACUGAAUCGGAAAAGUCAGAUGGUUUCGGAGGCAGUUGAGGAAGUGUUAAACCUUGUCGACAAUGCCAAGCAAACAUUUCGCGAAAUUGCUGGAAGUGAUGGUCUGGCUUUAUUUGACAGUAUGUAUAUCGUUAUAAGAAUAAAAUAUCUAGAGGUUUUUAAUCCCAUCUUUUGGUUUAAAAUUACAGUGCCUAAAGAUCAAGCUGGCCCAAGUAAGCCAGCUGAAGAAAAGGACGGCAAUGGACAGCAACAAGAUUGGAGUAUUCUGUGGUCUUGUUUUGACAAUCCACUCUCCUUACUUUCUACUAAAGACAGUCUCCCCAAAGGCAUGCAGGAUAUGGUAUGCAAUGCUGUCGUUGAAAUGCGUCGGUAUUACAGCCGAAAAGUGAUUGAUGUCCUGAUAAAAGUUAUUCGAACUGCUCUAGAUAAAAUUCGGCGAAGAUUCAUGAUUGAACCUGAUUCUCCUCCGCAAAAACCAAUUUUUAUUUUGAAUGCGAUCCUGAUGAUUCCGAAUGUUGUUAUCAAGCCAAGCUUAGAUGACUUGCAAGAAAUAUUAGUAACUGCUGGAAAGAAUAUAUCGGGAAUAGCGAAGGGAGUUGCACAAUGGUCGAGUGGUCGUGAUAAUGCAACAAAGUUGGCGGCUGCAGUUCUUUCCACUCAUCGGCUAGGACGUAAUCAAACUGAAGAUAAAAAGUCUCGUCGGCGAAGAAUUUACUGUUUGGCAUCAGAAGAGAAACCCCAGAUGCCGUAUAUGUUGAAGAAUUUCUACAGUUUUGUAAUGGACAACAAAGAAGUUGUAAAAGCUCUGUCUUUGCUUUCGACCUGUACAAAAAAUAUAAAGCCGGAAAUGCAAGUGUUCAUAAAACGUUGGAAACCAUAUCAUUUUCUGUGGAAGAAUGAUCGGACAACCCGUGAACUUAUGGAGUUCGGUCUGCAAGAAUUUGAAUCGUCAUUGCGAUGUCUAGCCGAACUGGAUUCCAAUCUCCUUGUUGAACCUGAUCAGGAAGUUAUUGGACAAUGUAUAGCAAUAUCAAAUGAACGGUUGAAGUUUGGAUUGGCAGUUGAAAUCAAGUCUUGUAACCACAAAAUCGGCCAAGCUAUGAAGAAGAAAUACAAAAAGGAGAUGGAUUACGUAUAUGCAGUUAUCAGCGAAAUGGAUCGCAAAUUAGAUCGCCAAAUUCGAGAUUUAGACGAUGUUCGCAUGAUAAUGGACACGUUGGGUAAAAUCCGCGAACAGGAAGUUGAUAUGGAACUUCGAAUUGAUCCGAUUGAGGAAGCUUUUAAUGUCCUUACGCGAUACGAAGUCCAAGUUGAGCGUGAACAAUUCGAUCAGGUGGAUAACCUUCGCUAUACCUUCCAAAAUCUACUAGCCAAUGCCUUGCAAGCUCAAGUCAAUCUACUCGAAAUGCAACCCAGUUUCCAAAACGAACUCAAGUCGAAUCUGGAACGAUUCAAACAGGAUAAAAUUGAUUAUGUGAAUGAAUAUCGUACAGCAGGACCCAUGCAACCUGGACUGACUCCACGCGAAGCGUCCGACAAGUUGAUAUUAUUCCAGAACAGAUUCGAGGGCAUGUGGAGACGAUUGCAGACAUAUCAGAGCGGUGAGGAGUUGUUCGGACUACCCCAGACGGACUAUCCGGAGCUUGGUCAAAUCAGAAAGGAGCUGAAUCUGUUGCAGAAACUCUACAAAUUAUAUAAUGAUGUUAUUGACCGAGUCAGUAGCUACUAUGAUAUUCCGUGGAAUGAGGUGGAUAUCGAGGAAAUUAACAACGAAUUAAUGGAGUUUCAAAAUCGUUGCAGAAAGUUACCUAAGGGCUUGAAAGAAUGGCCAGCCUUCCAUGCUUUGAAGAAGACAAUCGACGACUUCAACGAUAUGUGCCCACUUCUAGAACUAAUGGCUAAUAAGGCAAUGAAACCACGCCAUUGGCAACGAAUCAUGGACGUAACAAAGUACAUUUUCGAGUUUGACAGUGAAGGGUUCUCUUUGAAAAACAUUUUGGAAGCCCCGCUAUUAAAACAUAAGGAGGAUAUUGAGGAUAUCUGUAUCUCUGCAAUGAAGGAGAAGGAUAUAGAAGCCAAGUUGAAACAAGUUACCAACGAAUGGUCAGUGCACGAACUUCAAUUCAUGAGUUUCAACAAUCGCGGAGAGCUUUUGCUUCGGGGUGAUACCACGGCUGAAACCAUAGGACAGCUGGAGGAUAGUUUGAUGGUCUUGGGAUCUUUGUUAUCCAAUCGCUAUAACGCACCUUUCAGGAAACAAAUCCAGCAGUGGGUUUACGACUUGUCCAAUUCGAACGAGAUUCUGGAACGAUGGCUCUUAGUACAAAAUAUGUGGGUGUACCUGGAAGCUGUGUUUGUUGGUGGUGACAUUGCUAAACAAUUGCCGAAAGAGGCAAAAAGAUUUUCGAAAAUUGAUAAGUCUUGGCAAAAAAUAAUGCAAAGAGCUCAUGAAACCCCUGGAGUUGUAGCAUGUUGUGUUGGAGAUGAUCUUCUGAAACAACUUCUUCCGCAUCUACAGGAGCAAUUGGAGAUUUGUCAGAAGUCUCUAAGUGGAUAUUUGGAGCGUAAGAGAAUGAUGUUUCCUAGGUUCUUCUUCGUAUCUGAUCCAGCCCUUUUGGAAAUCCUCGGACAAGCUUCAGAUUCUCACACAAUACAAAACCAUUUACUUUCAAUUUUCGACAACAUAAGAUACGUUAAAUUCCACGAUAUUGAGUAUAAUAAAAUGUUGGCCGUUGUAUCGAGUGAGGGUGAAUCUAUUCAGUUGGAUCGUGCUAUCAGAGCUGAGGGAUCAGUGGAAACUUGGCUUAUGUCGCUUCUUAUGACAUCCCAACAGUCUCUUCAUUCUAUCAUUCGCCAAGCUUACAUAAAUAUCAAUGAUCCAAACUUCACUCUUUUGGCAUUUCUGGAGAAAAUGCCAGCACAAGUUGGCCUCCUAGGGAUACAGAUGAUUUGGACCAGAGACGCUGAGAUGGCAUUAAUGCAGGCGAGACAUGAGCGCAAAGUCAUGUCAGAAACAAACAAUAAAUUCUUAGAAUUACUCAAUACCUUGAUUGAUCAAACUACAAGGGAUCUCACCAAAAUUGAACGAAUUAAAUUUGAAACUUUAAUCACAAUUCAUGUACACCAGAGAGAUAUCUUUGAUAUCCUGUGUCGUAUGAAUAUUCGAUCGGCGAACGACUUUGAGUGGUUGAAACAGAGCCGAUUUUAUUUCAAAGAAGAUUUGGAUAAAACUUGGAUAUCGAUAACGGACGUCACAUUUACUUAUCAAAAUGAGUAUUUGGGGUGUACAGACAGACUUGUUAUAACACCAUUAACUGAUCGCUGCUACAUUACACUGGCCCAAGCCCUGACCCUCAGCAUGGGUGGAAGUCCCUGUGGUCCUGCUGGUACGGGCAAAACAGAAACUGUGAAGGAUAUGGGGAAAACGCUGGCAAAGUAUGUGGUCGUGUUUAAUUGCUCCGAUCAAAUGGACUACAGAGGACUGGGACGAAUUUACAAAGGACUCGCACAGUCAGGAUCCUGGGGGUGCUUUGAUGAAUUCAAUCGAAUCGAAUUACCGGUGCUUUCAGUGGCAGCGCAACAAGUGGCUGUUGUUUUGACUGCGAAAAAGGAGAAGAAAAAGAACUUUGUGUUUACUGAUGGCGACACGAUCGACUUAAAUCCAGAGUUUGGAAUUUUUAUAACAAUGAAUCCUGGAUACGCUGGCCGAAAGGAGCUUCCUGAAAAUUUGAAAAUUCAAUUUCGCACCGUGGCCAUGAUGGUUCCUGAUCGACAAAUUAUUAUUCGUGUGAAAUUAGCGUCAUGUGGUUUCCUGGAAAAUAUCACUCUGGCCAGAAAGUUCUACACCCUCUACAAACUGUGCGAGGAGCAGUUGACCAAACAAGUGCAUUAUGAUUUCGGCUUGCGAAACAUUCUCUCCGUGCUUCGAACCCUGGGGGCGGCGAAGCGUCGCAAUUCUCGUGACAGUGAAAGUACCAUCGUGAUGCGAGUCCUGCGGGAUAUGAAUUUGUCCAAGUUAAUCGACGAGGAUGAACCGCUCUUUAUGUCCCUCGUAACCGACUUGUUUCCAAAUCAGACUCUGGAGAAGACUAAUUAUCCUGAGCUGGAGGCAGCCAUCGCUCAACAGGCCGAGGAGGCUGGCUUGAUCUAUCAUCCGCCGUGGGUGCUCAAAUUGAUACAAUUAUAUGAAACGCAGAAAGUUCGUCAUGGAAUCAUGACGUUGGGGCCUAGUGGAGCUGGGAAGACUACUUGUAUCCAAACGCUAAUGAAGUCGCUGACUCAGAUGGGAGAUUGCCACAGGGAGAUGCGAAUGAAUCCCAAAGCAAUAACCUCAGCACAAAUGUUUGGACGUUUGGAUGUGGCCACCAAUGAUUGGACUGAUGGAAUUUUCUCGGCUCUGUGGCGGAAGACAUUGAAACUUAAGAAGGGGGAGCACGUUUGGUUGGUGUUGGAUGGCCCAGUGGACAGCAUUUGGAUAGAAAAUUUAAAUUCUGUCCUCGAUGAUAAUAAGACUCUGACACUGGCUAAUGGCGAUCGAUUGUCAAUGGCUCCAACUUGUAAAAUAAUUUUCGAACCGCAUAAUAUCGAUAAUGCCUCCCCGGCUACCGUAUCGAGGAAUGGAAUGGUGUAUAUGAGUUCAUCAGGACUUGAUUGGAGACCAAUCACGAACGCUUGGCUUAAAAGUCGACCACCAGGCGAGAAAACUGUUUUCGCUGAGCUAUUUGAACUGACAUUUUUGGGCGUGUAUAACUGGAUCACACAGAAUUUAAAUCUAUUGAUGGAAGUUCUACAGUGCAACAUUGUUCAGCAGAUGAUACUCAUUUUGGAAGGACUGGUGCCUGUAAAAAAGGAGGAAGAUGCCAAUGUAACACUUUCCAGCCAGGACAGUGUUGAAGAAGAUGUCCUCGAAGAAAAUAAAACAGAAGAAAAAGAAGAUUUAUGUUCCCCCGAACAUUUACAUCGUCUUUAUAUAUUUGCUCUGACUUGGGGUAUAGGAGCUUUUCUAAAUACUGCAGAUCGAGUUAAAAUGGAUCAGCAUGUUAAGGAAGCCUAUCCAGAUCUAGAUUUCCCCCGCUCUGAUGGACCAGAUAACACUAUCUUUGACUUCUUCGUAACUCAGACCGGAACUUGGCAGCAUUGGAAAACCCUAGUCACUCCGUACAUGUAUCCAGAAAUGUCUACCCCUGAUUAUCUAAGUAUACUGGUACCGAUUGUGGACAAUGUUCGUAUCGAUUAUCUUAUAGGAACAAUAGCGAAUCAGGAGCGUGCUGUUAUGCUGAUUGGUGAACAAGGCACGGCUAAAACUGUGAUGAUGAAAAAUUUCAUGAAAAAAAUGAAUCCUGAAACCUAUAUGGGCAGAUCAUUCAACUUCUCCUCUGCUACCAGCCCCUACCAAUUUCAGAAAACAAUUGAAAGUUACAUCGAGAAGCGAAUGGGGAACACGUUUGGACCUCCUGGAGGAAGGAAACUAAUCGUAUUCAUUGACGAUAUUAAUCUGCCAGAGAUUAACAAAUGGGGAGACCAAAUUACUAAUGAAAUCGUCAGGCAAUCAAUGGAAAUGAAAGGAUUCUACAGUUUAGAGAAACCUGGGGAUUUCACUAAUAUAGUAGACGUGCAAUUCGUGGCUGCUAUGGGCCUCCCUGGUGGCGGCAGAAAUGACAUUCCUUCACGAUUGAAAAGACAGUUCAGCAUAUUCAACUGUAAUAUUCCUGAUAAUGAUUCAAUUGACAAAAUUUUCCGCGUAGUUGGCGAAGGACAUUACAACGCGAAACGAGGAUUUAUCCCUGAAGUCAGGAACCUCGUUAAAAAGCUAAUUUUGCUCACUAGAUAUCUAUGGCAAAGAACCAGAAACAAGCUUCUUCCGACUCCAGCGAAGUUUCAUUAUGUUUUCAGUUUAAGGGAUCUGUCGAGAAUCUGGCAAGGUAUGAUAGGCACUUUGUCUACUGUUAUAACUUCGGAGAGUGUCCUCAUGGCACUUUGGAAACAUGAGUGCACACGAGUCUUCGCCGAUCGCUUUACUAUCGCUCAGGAUAAGGAAUGGUUCAGAACUGAACUAGUCUUUCUGGUGAACGAGGAACUAGGAGAGAAUUUUGCGGAAAUGGUACGUCCGAGUCCAGUUUUCGUCGAUUUUAUGCGAGAUGCUCCUGAGCCAACAGGAGAAGAAGGAGAGGAUGCAGAUAUGGAGCUGCCCAAAGUAUACGAACCGGUUUACGCACAUGAUGUUCUACGAGAAAGAUUGAUGAUGUUCCUUUCCCAGUUCAAUGAAAUGGUUCGGGGAUCUGGUAUGGAUUUAGUAUUCUUUCCAGAUGCAAUGUUGCAUCUUGUCAAAAUAUCGCGAAUAAUCCGUCAUCCUAGAGGUAACGUUAUGUUAGUUGGUGUUGGAGGAUCGGGAAAGCAAAGUUUAACAAAACUUGCCUCUUUCAUUGCUGGUUAUAAAACAUUCCAAAUAAGCUUGACAAGGUCAUAUAAUGUGGCUAACUUUCUGGAGGACCUCAAACUUCUCUACAGGACAUGUGGCGUACAAGGAAAGGGCACAACUUUCCUAUUCUCUGAUUUGGAUAUUAAGGAAGAGGGUUUCCUAGAAUACCUAAACAACAUUCUUUCUUCAGGUGUUAUAUCAAACCUUUUCAACCGAGACGAACAAGCUGAAAUCGUACAAGAGUUGACACCGAUUAUGAAGAGAGAAAACCAGAGAAAAACCGCAACAGCAGAGAGCGUGAUGGAGUAUUUUCUUCAAAGGACAUGUCACAAUUUGCAUGUAGUGUUUUGCUUUUCACCUGUUGGAGAAACAUGGAGAACAAGAGUUCAAAGAUUUCCGGCAUUGGUGUCUGGUUGCACUGUAGAUUGGUUUGAACCUUGGCCGAAGGAUGCUUUGGUAUCGGUCGCAAGACACUUUUUAUGUGAUUUUGAGAUAGAGUGCACUGUUGAAACGAAAGAUGAAUUGGUUAAUGCUUUAGGAUCCAUUCAAGAUGUUGUUUCUGAAACAUCUGUAGAUUACUUCCAACGAUUUAGACGAGCAACACAUGUGACUCCAAAGUCCUAUCUGAACUUCAUAGCGGGCUAUAAAAAUAUUUAUCAGCAAAAGCAGAAAGAACUUGGAGAUGGGGUCGAAAAAAUGGACACUGGCUUGGAGAAGCUGAAAGAAGCUUCUGCCUCAGUUGAAAUUUUGAAAAAGGAUUUGGCGGUCAUGGAGGAGGAUUUAGCGGAUGCUUCGAAAAAGGCUGAAAGUGUCCUUUUGGAGGUAACGGAAAGAGCUAUGCAGGCUGAAAUUGUGAAAAAUCAAGUUCAAGUUGUGAAGGAAAAAGCAGAAGCACUAGUUGCUUGCAUAGCCCAGGAGAAGGCAUUGGCUGAGGAAAAACUUGAAGCAGCAAAGCCUGCGCUUGAAGAAGCCGAGGCAGCGUUGAAUACAAUUAAGCCUGCGCAUAUUGCUACCGUACGUAAGCUUGGUCGUCCACCUCAUUUGAUUAUGCGCAUUAUGGACAGUGUGUUGAUUCUGUUCAAACGGAAGCUCCAUCCAUGUAUUGCCGAUACGAGCGCUCCGUGUCCAAAGCCAUCUUGGCAGGAGUCUUUGAAGAUGAUGGCCAGUACCACAUUUUUGCUCCAGUUGCAAAACUACCCGAAGGACACCAUCAACGAUGAAAUGAUAGAUUUACUUCAACCUUACUUCCGAAUGGAGGACUACAACAUGGAUACUGCUAGGAGAGUUUGUGGUGAUGUGGCUGGAUUAUUGUCAUGGACCAAAGCUAUGGCAUUCUUCCACGGAGUGAACAAGGAAGUUCUGCCUCUAAAAGCAAACCUCACUCUACAGGAAGCCAGAUUAAAGGUGGCAAUGGAGGACUUGGCUUCGGCAGAAAAUCAGCUCCGAGAGCGCGAAUCCGCCCUUCAGGAGGUAAAGGAGCAAUAUGAUGCCGCAGUUAGUGAAAAACAACGACUUACAGAUGCUGCAAAUGUGUGCCUACGGAAAAUGACUGCCGCUACCGCUCUCAUUAAUGGACUCACUGACGAAAAAGAACGAUGGACAAAUCAGAGUAAGGAGUUUAAAAUACAGUUGGGAAAACUAGUCGGCGAUGUCCUGUUAGCAACGGGUUUCCUUUCUUAUUGUGGUCCUUAUAAUCAGGACUUUAGAGCGAAUUUAAUCAAAACAUGGAUGGGAAUUCUGAAACAACGAAAAAUCCCUUUCACUUUAAACUUGAAUAUUAUUAAUAUGCUGGUGGAUUCCGCGACUGUUUCGGAAUGGACAUUACAAGGGCUACCAAAUGAUGAGUUGUCUGUACAGAAUGCUUUGAUAGUGACAAAGUCCAGCAGUUACCCAUUGCUAAUCGAUCCUCAGAAUCAAGGAAAGAUAUGGAUUAAAACCAAAGAAGACCGGAAUGAAUUACAGAUAACAUCCCUGAACCACAAAUAUUUCAGGACACAUCUGGAAGACUGCCUAUCAUUGGGAAGGCCUCUGCUCAUAGAAGACGUUGGAAUUGAGUUAGAUCCUGUCAUCGAUAACGUACUGGAGAAAAAUUUCAUAAAGUCGGGAAGUAUUGAAAAAGUUUUGGUAGGAGACAAGGAAUGUGAUGUUAUGCCAGGUUUCAUGCUCUACAUAACAACCAAACUUCCCAAUCCUGCAUUUAGUCCUGAGAUCAGUGCAAAAACUUCUGUUAUUGACUUCACUGUAACAAUGAGGGGAUUAGAAGAUCAGCUCCUGGGCAGAGUAAUCCUCAUGGAAAAAGCUGAUUUGGAAGCUGAGAGAGUAGCCUUGUUUGAGAGUGUCAUGCAAAACCAGAGAAGCAUGAAAGAGUUGGAAGCAAAUCUUCUGUACCGGCUCAGUUCCUCUCAAGGAUCUUUGGUUGAUGAUGAAGCGUUGAUCCAAGUGCUUCAGGAAACUAAAACUACAGCCGAAGAAGUCAACCAAAAAUUGAAGAUUUCCGAAGUUACGGAAAAGAAAAUCAUGAUUGCUCGGGAAGAAUUCCGUGCGGUCGCAGCUAGAGGAUCGAUUCUCUACUUUUUGAUUGUUGAGAUGAGCAACGUGAAUAUCAUGUACCAGAACUCCCUCAAACAAUUCCUAGUGAUAUUCAACAAUUCUAUAACGAAGUCGACGAAAAGCAGCAUCACCGAGGAAAGAAUAAAUAUAAUUUUGAAGUAUCUCACGUAUGAAGUCUGGUCCUUUACAAACCGUAGUUUGUACGAACGACACAAGCAACUGUUCACCCUGAUGCUCGCCGUGAAAAUCGACUAUCACAAAGGAAUUAUAACCCACGACGAGUUCAUGGCGUUUGUUAAAGGUGGAGCAUCCUUAGAUUUGAACGCUGUGACUCCUAAACCUUUUCGAUGGAUUCUCGACAUAACUUGGCUCAAUUUGGUUGAGAUAAGUAAAUUGGCAACGUUUUCGACUUUGCUUCAAGUGAUUGAAUCUAACGAAAAGGAAUGGAGAGUGUGGUAUGAAGCUGAGAAACCUGAACAAGAAGAUAUUCCGUGCGGAUUCAAUAUAUCCUUGGACAGUUUCAGGAAAUUAUUGCUGGUUCGAUCAUGGAGUCCUGAUAGAACUAUAUCUCAAGCGAAGAAAUAUGUUGAAGAAUCAUUGGGAGCUGAAUAUGGUGAAAUGCAAAUUCUCGACCUGGAGGCGACUUGGCUAGAAUCUGAACCCCGAACCCCAUUCGUUUGCCUUUUAUCCAUUGGCUCUGAUCCCACGACUCAAAUUGGAAAUUUGGCGAAACAGAAAGGCAUAAAUCUGAAAGCCGUUUCAAUGGGUCAGGGUCAAGAGUACCAUGCAAGAAAGUUAAUCAUGGAAUCAAUGAGUGCUGGCGGCUGGGUACUCCUGCAGAACGUACAUCUGUCGCUGAGCUUCUGUGCUGAAAUAAUCGAUAUGCUCGUGGAAACAGAAACGAUUGAGGAAUCAUUCCGAUUGUGGGUUACAACGGAAGUCCAUAAUGAAUUCCCGAUUGGAUUAUUACAGAUGGCCAUUAAAUUUACUAAUGAACCGCCGCAAGGGAUCCGCGCAAGUCUUAAAAGAAGCUACCAGUCUUUCAGUCAAGACUUCCUGGAUUACACGUCAGCAUCCCAAUGGCCACCGCUGCUUUACACGGUGGCCUUCCUGCAUACCAUAGUCCAGGAGAGGCGUAAAUUUGGACCACUGGGAUGGAACAUUCCAUACGAAUUCAAUCAAGCCGAUUUUGCGGCAAGCGUUCAGUUCAUUCAGAAUCAUUUGGACGAAAUGGAUCCAAAGAAGGGAGUUUCCUGGCAGACGGUUUGCUACAUGCUUGGCGAGGUGCAGUACGGUGGACGCGUGACGGAUGAUUUUGAUAAACGUCUACUGACCACUUUCACACAAGUUUGGUUCUGUGAGACUUUGCUCACUCCAGCAUUUGAGUUCUACAAGGGCUAUAAAGUUCCAAACACUAAAAGCCUACAAGGUUUCAUGGAUUAUAUAAACAGUUUACCCACAAACGAUACUCCCGAAGUGUUUGGAUUACAUCCCAAUGCUGACAUCACAUAUCAGAUAAAUACGGCAAAAGGCAUACUCGACACCAUACUAAGUGUGCAGCCGAAGGAAGGGGGUAACACCGGUGGCGAGACGCGAGAGAGUAUUGUGUAUCAAUUAGCGGAUGACAUGUUGAGAAAGUUGCCUCCUGCCUAUAACGCGUACGAAAUGAAGGAAAAUCUCAACCGCAUGGGAGCCCUGCUUCCGAUGAACAUUUUCCUGAGGCAAGAAAUCGAUAGGAUGCAGCGAGUCAUUAAAACAGUGCAUUCAUGCUUGUGCGAUUUGAAAUUAGCCAUUGAUGGGACGAUUGUAAUGAGUCAAGGACUUCGAGAAUCACUUGAUGCCAUGUACGAUGCCAGGAUACCAGAAAGCUGGAUGAAGAUAUCGUGGGAGUCAACUACUCUUGGAUUUUGGUACACUGAACUUUUGGAGCGCAACACACAGUUUCGCCAUUGGUGUCUGAAUGACCGGCCAAAGGUUUUCUGGAUGACAGGAUUUUUCAACCCGCAGGGAUUCCUAACAGCAAUGCGACAGGAAGUAACGCGAGCACAUAAGGGAUGGGCGUUAGACUCAGUUGUUUUGCAGAAUCAGAUAACUCGUCACAACAAGGAGGAUAUUAACGAAGCCCCCACAGAAGGUGUAUACGUGCACGGGCUUUUCUUGGAAGGCGCUUCAUUGGACAGACGUAGUGGAAAGUUGAUUGAGUCCAAACCGAAAGUUUUAUAUGAGCAAAUGCCAGUGACAUAUAUUUACGCCAUUAACACGACAGCUGGCAAGGAUCCGAAACUCUAUGAGUGUCCGAUUUAUCGGAAGCCCCAACGCACAGAUCAGAAAUACGUUGGAUCCAUCGACUUCGAAACGGAUUUCAACCCUCGACAUUGGACCUUGCGUGGUGUUGCACUACUUUGCGAUAUCAAAUAAAUAGAUGGCAACUGUCGACAGCUACAGGUGGAUGAUACGAAGGAGUGGAAGUUCAUUUGCUUUAGUCUAAUCCCCAUGAAACCGCAGGAGUUGAUUUUAGGAAAUCCUAAAUGUUUCAAGAAUUAAUAGUGAAUCUGACCAGUUUUGCAGAUUACAGCAAAUUGGUUUUUAGGAUUUAAAAUGUUGAGAGAAUUCACAGAGGGCAAACGCCGGUUUACUUAUUAAAUCCUUAGAAUUUCUCGCAAAUACAGCACUUGAAGCACUUGUUAUGGUAGAAUAUGCAACUUGUUUUGUGGGAAUUUAUUGGUUUUUCGAUCCUAACUGGUGAGUGUUUUCAGUUUCAAUAUUGUUUUCUUAUUUUUAUUGUAUUUAUAUUUACUUGAUGUUAUCUAACAUUCGUGAAGUUGACUACAAGGGCAACUAUAAAAAAUCUGAGCUUGGGGAAUGCUUAUUGGGUAGCAUCUCGAUCUCCUACAAUUUUAAAUUUCUAAAGAAUUUUUUACAUGCAAGCCGGAUUAAGAAUUCUAAAAAGUAGGUUUUUUGAAUGUAAGACAUCUAUCAAAUUUUCUUCUUUCAAUUCUGCAAUUGAUCCUUAGGGGCAAGCAAACUCGAAAAAGGGCAUAAUUACUCAGCCGAACCCAAUAACCUACGCAUUUUAAUGGGGUUAAUAGCAUGCAAUACUAUUGGGUUGGGGAAAAAGAAAUGUCGUAUUUGUGAUCGAAAUUUGACGCUUCAUUCAACAUACUUCGAAUUAUCCGAUUUAAGUCAAAUAUGCGCCGUUUCGUUCGCAA